AUAUAGUUAGUUUAACACAUUAUUUGAGUCCCUUGAUUCGCUAUUUCGUUGAGCUUUGGCCUGUUUCUGGCUGGCAGCGGGUGCAUUGUUUGUUAGCUUGCUUGCUAACCUUCAAGUUGUUUACAUCACUGUAUUAUUUCUCUGCAGUUUUAGGGACCAAACAUUUGCAGUCAAACUUUGUAUGAAUGUGGCAGACAGUACAACAUAAUUGUAGAAAAACCUUGCAUUAAGUUGUGAAAGUUAUAGUCAUGUUAAUAAACAGUUGUAUGAUUUACUGAUCGAAUCGUUCAUGUCAUUUAUUAGGUAAACAAAUAAACAAGUCCAAAACAUUCCUAUUCUUCGCCAACUUACUUCUACCUAAAAUGUGGGGAUUCACUUUGUAACAUACAUUAUGAUGUUAUGUAUAUAUUAAUGUAGCUUACUCUCUUACCACUUCACUUUAUCACAGUACAUAUUUUUCUGGUGCACAAUGUUUACAUAUUAAGCCUACUAGACUCACUGCUAUUAAUCAUACUGUGUCACUAACUUCGUCUUUAAUUGCUCUUCUACAGAUCAUAUUUACUUCUACUGUUGUUGGUCUUUUUAUUUUAUUUAUACUUUUACUCUUAUAUUACUUGUAGAUACCUUUUUUUUUCUUUUACUCAUACUACUUCUAGAUACCUUUUAUUUUAUUUAUGCUACUUACUUUUGUACUAGUUGUAUGUACCUUUUUAUUUUAUUGAUUCUUCUACUCUUAUACUAGUUUCGUAUGUCUUUUUAUUGAUUUUUUAAAUUUUUACUUAUCUUUUUGUCUGUAGUUAUUAUUUUGUCUUUGUGCUGUUACAACACAUGAGUUUCCCCUCUCUGGAUCAGAAACAUCUUUAUCUGUUGGUUAUAUUUUUUAGAUUAAUAAAAUAAUGUGUUUCGUCUAUAACUUGUGUGUCCAUCAUAAUUUCAAAUUUCCUGUAUUGUCCAACGAACAGUUUAAGAACCAAAUGUUCAUUUUACAAUGAUUCCAAACAUACACAAAAAAGUUUUUAUAUAAAUAACUUAAAAUGCUGAAUAUAUCAUCAGAGUUGUUGAUGUAUAAUUAUAUGUUGUUUGGCCAAUCAAUUAAUGAAAUAAACUUGGUAGCACUGAACUAUAGCAAUAAUCAUAAGGAAAAAGUUCUAAAUUUAAAUGCACAUUUGUGGAGGAAAAAACUAUGUACUUCUGUUACUUUCUUCCCUUUUUUUAAUGCCUGCAGGAACAGAAGUGAUAGUUUCGAUGGGAAGAUGUCUCAGAAAGCAGCAGCCAGGACUUCAUCACUCAUGGCCCUUCAUUCAGAUUCACAUAAGCAAAGCAUCCUGAGCAAAUUCGACAAGCUUAGGAAAAGGGAUCUUCUGUGUGACAUCACUCUUGUUGUGGAAGACGUGCACUUCAAGGCCCACAAAGCCCUGCUGGCAGCAAGCAGCGAUUACUUCUCCCUCAUGUUCACGGCAGAGGAUCAUAUCAUUCAGUCGACCUACCGGCUGGAUGGUAUGUCAGCUAAGAUGUUUGCAGCAGUGCUGGAGUUCAUCUACAGUGCCCAGGUGUCUGUGGAGGAGAGCGCCACAGAGCAGCUUCUGGCUACGGCUCAUCUUAUCGAGGUCAACGACCUUGUCAAGGUGCUAACUGAACUCACACACUCUUCUGCAGCGGUUAGCUGCGGGGAGGUGGAAGUAAAGGCAAACAUAGCUGAGGUGUCAGAUCUGCCAAAACGCAAAAGAGGACGGCCAAAAAAAAAUAUGCUUGUAACAGAGCUGGAGGGAAGAAGUGCACCAUGUGAGAGUUUAGAGGAGGGACUGGCUGAAGAUAUGGACUGUGAUGAUGUAAUGACUGAAUCAAUAGCUAAAGACGAUGCAGAUUAUAACCCAGGGGCACACCAGAGCCGACAGAGCAAACGAAAAAUCCGGCCACCAAUGAAAUACAAGAGCUACAAGUUGGGCAGCGACACAGCAAGCAGCAAAGAGCCCGGGAAGAGAGGCAGGAAAAGGAAAUACCCCAACACUGAGGCCCGAUGUGAGGACUGUGGCAAAGUGUUCAAAAAUCCCCUCUUUUUAAAGAUUCACCAUAGGACUCAUACAGGUGAAAAGCCUUUCCGGUGCCUGGUUUGUGGGAAGGGUUUUACCCAGAAGCACACUCUGCUGGUUCACCAGCGCAUGCACACUGGAGAAAAGCCUUUCGUCUGCACCAUUUGCUCCAAAGCGCUGUCCACCAAAAACUCCUUACAAGAACACAUGAACCUCCAUGAAGAAGACAAAUCCUUCACCUGUGAUACAUGUGGGAAAACCUUCACUCAGAAGAGACAACUCAAAAGCCACUACAGAGUUCAUACAGGAAAGUCAUUACCAGAAUGUGCUCAGUGUCAUCACAAGUUUAUGGACACGGCUCAGCUGAAAAAGCACCUGAGAACUCAUACAGGAGAGAAGCCUUUCACCUGUGAGAUUUGUGGGAAGUGUUUUACUGCCAAGAGCACUCUGCAGACUCAUAUCAGAAUCCACAGGGGAGAUAAGCCAUAUGACUGCAGCAUCUGCAACAAAUCCUUCUCAGACCCCAGCGCGAGACGACGACAUGUCGCCUCUCACUCAGGGAAGAAACCCUUCACCUGCUCCUUCUGCAGCCUCUCCUUCACCCGCCUGGACAACCUCAAAACACACACGAAAUCCCACAACAAGGAAAGAGCUGUGACACCAGAAGCCUCAUCAGAUGCAGCGGGCGCCGCGUCGCCGCCAGAGGAGGUGCGUAACAUCCUGCAGCUGCAGCAGUACCAGCUGCCCUCCAGCUCCGAACAGGAGAUCCAGCUGGUGGUGACGGGAGGCGUGGACGAUAUUAACUUUGUGCCGGGUCAGAACCAGGAGAUCAGCAUCAUCACAACAGAAGGGGAGACGACGGACUCGGCCCACUCCAGACUCACCCUCCUCACCCAGUCUUCAGGAAACAUACAGAACGUGGCUCUGGUCACUCAGAGCGGCGUGGUGGACCCGAGCCCUCAGAUUCAGACCAUCAGCAUGCUGGAGGGCCAGAUGACGCACCAGCCUGAGCAGAUGCACGUCAUCACUCUGAGUAAAGAGGCGAUGGAGCACCUCCAGGCCCACCACGGCCCCCCGCAGCCCCUGCAGAUCACACAGCGACCCGUCCAGCAGCUGCAGGUGAUGCACCAGCCCAUCCAGCAGCUGGCCGUCACUCAGGACGCCUCGCAGGUGAGCAGGGAGCAGCAGAACCAGGCCAUUCACAUCAGCAGCCAGAGCAGCCAGCCCAUCUCCAUCAGCCAGACCAGUGAGCAGAUCUCCAGCCACCACAUACAGGGACAGACCUUUCAGAUCCAGGCUGGGACCGUCUCCUACCUGUACACCACUGGGCUGCCGCAGGAGAGCUGAGGGGGGGGGCGGAUGAAACUCAAACCACUGGCUGAGAGACAUGCAUGUGGCAGCAAAACAAAAUACAGUCAUGGAAAAUA